AUGGCUGCUAGAGAGUCCAUCACUCUGGUAUCUUACUACUGUCAAGAAAAGUAUUUCAACCACGUGCUAAAUGUUGCUGUAGAAGGGCUGAAGAUGUGCUGUGAUGAUCCUGUGCUGCUUUUCUUCAAAGCUUUUGCAAAUUUAAUGGAAGGUCGUAUCCAAGAAGCCAUCAGAGACCUCGAGGCAAUCAGGGACAAGCAAGAUGUGACAUUAUGCUCAAUUAUUGCUCUCAUUCAUGCCCACAGAAAGAGCUCGGUAAUUGAUCAGGAUGCCAUUCAGGAACUUGACACAGGGCUCAAAGAGUGCCUUAAAACUGCAGGAGAAAGAUCUCUGUAUUAUGCUGGUGUAUCCUUGUGGUUAAUGGAUCGUCACGAGGAAGCUAGAGACUAUUCUGACAGACUGAUGAAAAUUUCCAAUGGAUCAAAGGAAACUUUAAUACUUAAAGGAUGGAUAGAACUAACCAGCAAGAGUAGCAAGAGUGGGAAUUUAAAGAAGGCCAUCGCUUACCUCGAAGGAGGACUGCAGAAUUCAAAAGAUGCCUUUGGUCUGAUGGGAAAGGUCUGUUACCUUCAGAAGAAGCAGAAUUUCCUGGUUGGCCUGGAAACAGUCAACCAGAUUGUUGCCACCAACCCUACAUUCUUGCCAGCACUCAUUCUGAAGAUGAAACUGUUUUUAGCUCAGAACAACUGGGACCAGACCUUGGAAGCAGCAAAAAGAAUUAUGCUGAAGGAUAACGCCAACGUGGAUGCAUUGCUGUUCUUGUGUCUCCAUACUCUUUCAAAAAUGGAAGAAAAAUCUGAGGCUGAAAAUCAUGUGAAAGAACUCAUUAAUGCCUUGGAGAAAAGGGAACCUCAAAAUCCAAAGCUUCACCACCGAGUGGCUGUUAUUUUAAGCAGAAUGUGCGGGAGGAACCAGACCAUCCUGGACCAGGUGUACAAUCUGGUGGAACGUGCAUUCUACAUGGACCCCACAGACUCACAGAUUGCCACUGAGCUGGGAUACCAGCUGAUUCUGCAAGAGAAGCCAUGGCUUGCAGUGAAGCAGUACACUGAGGCAAUGAAACUGGAUGAAGCCAACAUACCUGCAAUGACAGGGAGAAUUCGAGCUGAGAUCUUACUUGGGCAUAUAGAAGAUGCAGAGCAACAGCUGGAGUUUCUGAAAGAAGUGCAAGAAUUCAUUGGAACAUCUGGGGAGCUGGCUUAUCUUCAAGCAGUAUUAGCAGCAAACAAGGGCAGAGGACCAAAAGUGAUCAUCAAGUUCCUGAACCAAGCUGUAGACAUUCAUUUUACUUCACUGCAGGACGUUCCUCUUAGUGUCGAGUACUUUGAGAAACUCAACCCUGAGUUCCUGCUGGACAUUGUAAAGACAUUUUUAUCCCUUUGUCCAGAUCAGCCUGUUUUGCAAGGACAACCUCUUUCUCCUCUGCUGAGACAGUCUGCUAUGAUACUCGAGCCAGUGUUCAAGGCAGCACCUGGGAUUAAGGAGGUUUUAUACAUUAUGGCUAAAAUUAGAUACCUCUCAGGUAACUUGAGCACAGCACAGGCCAUUCUGUACCAAUAUCUCCAGACGGACCCCAGUUUUGCUGAUGGCCACCUGCUCAUGGCUCAGAUAUACCUGUCCCAGGGCAAUUUUAAAGAAUGCUCCCAUUCCCUGGAACUGGGACUCAGUUACAACUUCCAGGUUAGAGAUCGUCCGAUCUACCACCUGAUUAAAGCCAAAUCACUGAAGAAGAUGGGCAACAUCGCAGAAGCCAUAACUAUAUUAAAGAUAGCCAUUGGUCUGCCUGGGGUGAGGAGGAGUUCCAAUGGAAAGGACAACGUGGCCAACAUCAGUAUAAGCGAUCGUGUCUCUGUGUAUCUGGAGCUGGCUGAGGCUCAACACUUGAACAACGAGCAGCAUGAAGCCAUCAAGGUCAUGCAAGAUGCCAUCCAUGAGUUUGCUGGAACAACAGAAGAACCUCGCAUCACCAUUGCCAAUGUUGACUUGUGUCUCAGCAGAGAUGACAUAGAAACAGCAUUCAGCAUGCUCAAGAGCAUCCAUCCCAGGCAGCCUUACUACAUCGAAGCUCAGGAGAAACUGGCUGAGAUCUAUCUGCACAAGAAGAAAGACAGAAGGCUUUACAUCAAAUGCUACAAAGACUUGUGUGAGCAGUUCCCAAAUCCACAGAUAACCCUUCUCCUUGGCGAUGCCUAUAUCACAGUCCAGGAGCCAGAAAGAGCUAUUGAGGUAUAUGAACAGGUGUUGAAGAAAAACCCUCAUGAUGGACAGUUGGUGAGGAAGAUUGGUCAAGCAUUAGUAAAAACUCACCACUAUACCAAGGCCAUUCAUUAUUUCGAGGCUGCAUUGAAAAUUGGUGGACAGGACUUCUUGCAUCAUGACUUUGCCGAACUCCUUAUGAGACUAAGGCUAUUUGAAAGGGCAAAGAAAGUUCUCAGAAGGGCUCUGGAACAUGAUUUUGUAAAUGAUUUAGCUGCCAUAAUGAAUGAUGUCAAAUACCUGAUGCUUCUGGCUAAGAUCUGCACCAAGACUAAUGAAAUAGAGGAAGCACUGACUGCUUUAAACAAGGCAUUCGAACUACAAGGACGACUACUGAAGCGCCUGUUGGUGGAGCAGUCUGAUAUGAUUCCUAUCCAGAAUCAGCUGGCGGCCUCAAUCUGUGCCCAGAUAGCUCAACUAUCAGUGGACCAGCAAGACUAUGACAAGGCAAUCCGAUACUAUACCGAGGGAUUGAACUUUGUAGAAAACAACCCAAAACUGUUGAUAGAACUUGCCCAGCUGUACCUGGCCAAAGGAGACAGUGAUUCGUGUGAAUAUCAGUGCAUCAAGUUACUGAAGAACAUAGAAAACAAUAAUGACGUUAACAUGAUGAUGGCAGACCUUAUGUUUAAGAAACAAGAAUAUGGACAAGCUAUAUUCUAUUACCGACAACUGCUGCAGGGAUCACCAGACAAUUUCUUGGUCUUAAGCAAGUUGAUUACAUUGUUCAGAAAAACAGGAAAACUUGAAAAAGUGCCAGAGGUUUUGAAUAUAGCAGAAAAGAAAUCACCAAAGACAAUCAUGGAACCAGGAUUUAAUUAUUGCAGAGGCCUCUAUUUCUGGUAUACAGGGCAGCCAAAUGCAGCACUGAAACAUUUUAAUAAAGCUCGCAAGGACAGUGACUGGGGUCAAAGUGCCAUUUACAACAUGAUCCAGAUAUGUCUUAAUCCUAACAGUGAGAUCGUUGGGGGCAGUGUGUUUGAAACCCUGGAUGAAGACCUCAGUGGUGAGCCCAAUGAAAAGGAGAUAGAUCAGCUUGCAGUCAGGACAGCAGAGAAGCUAUUGAAGGAGUACCAUCCUCAGACACAACAAGAACAGGAGCAACGUAUAUUGCUACAGAACAGCUGUCUGAUGGCCACCAACGAUCGAUCCAAUGUGGAAAAGGCCCUUGAGACAUUCACAGAAAUGGCUGCAGCUAAGGACCAUGUGCCUUCACUUCUGGCAGUAGCUCAAGCCUGCAUGGUUUUGAAGCUGAUUCCUCGGGCCAGAAAUCAGUUGAAAAGAAUAACAAAAAUACCCUGGAAUCUGAAGGAUGCUGAGGAAUUUGAGAAGAGCUGGCUUCUGCUGGCUGAUAUUUACAUUAAAGCAGGAAAAUAUGAUCUUGCGAUGGACUUGCUGAAGCACUGCUUGCAGUACAAUCAGUCUUGUUGCAAGGCAUACGAAUACACAGGUUUCAUUAUGGAGAAGGAGCAAUCCUACAUGGAUGCAGUUGCAAACUACAAAAUAGCUUGGAAGUGCAGCAGUGAGGCAAACCCUGCCAUUGGUUACAAACUUGCUUUCAAUUACCUGAAAGCAAAAAUGUACAUGCAUGCAAUUGAUAUUUGCCAUAAGGUGCUGAAAAAUCACCCAACUUAUCCAAAGAUUCGAAAGGAGGUUUUUGAGAAGGCUAGAGCAUCUCUUAAGCCCUAGAAAUUUCAAAUACUUUCCAUUGAUUGUAAUUUCAAGAAGUGUUAGGAAGAUGUG